CUGUAUUCAAGAAUGGUGCAUACUUUUUUCUUAAUCUACAUCUACAUCUACAUGAAAUUAAAAAAAGCAACUAUAAAAGUAGAAUGUCUUCGAAACCCCAUCUCAAACAACAUUGAAUACCAUAAUUCCUCAUCCCAUGUAGCGGUUACAAACAUUCUUACAGGCGUGAACCUUGGAAGAUAGCAGAAGAGCACACAUGUGGGGCGGUGCUUCAACACUAAAUUUAGGUACGUACCUCCCGGUAGGUACCGAUAGUCCGUAUCAUCGCUAGCCCUCGACAGAACGAACCUUAUCAGUCAGUGGUGAAUUAAAAUGCCCCGGCCUGUGAUAUAAUUCAUGAAGUAACCUGGAAGAAGACGGGCUUCAUAUGUGGCGUCACACAUAUCUGUUCCAAACAUGGCCGUAACUACAUCGAUUCCCAUUAUCGACAUCUCAGCCGAGGGGACAGACCAGGCACAAGUCGCAAAGGAGCUGGUUAAUGCUGCUGUCGAAUAUGGUUUCGUUUAUAUCAGAAAUGCCGGUCGAGAUAUUUCUACCGAGCAGAUAGAAAACGCCUUCAAUAUAUCACGAAUCUUAUUCAGCUCGCCACUCGAGGACAAGCAGAGAUGUACGAUAGAGAAGAACAACCAAGGAUGGUCGGGUAUGCACUCAGAGACCUUGGACCCUAAGACACAACGUGUGGGAGAUUUUAAGGAGGCCUUCAAUUUCGGACCCUUCACCGAUAACAAAGCCACACAGCCUAUUCCGCAGAGUAUCGAGUCUCACCAGGCGCAAUUGGCCGCCUUCAAGGAUGCCUGCCAUGAUCUCUGCCGGAAAUUACUCCUCUUAUUCGGUAUCGGCCUAGGGGUAAACCCCCCAGACUUUUUCACAGCCGCACACACCUCCGCAGCAGCAGGCUCUCCCAUACCCUCAGGUUCCAUUCUGCGGCUCUUGUAUUACCCGCCCCCAAGCAACACGCCCACCGCGCUCUCCUCUGAUGUGCGAGCCGGCGCGCACUCGGAUUACGGCUCCGUAACUCUUCUCUUCCGGCUGCGCGGACAAGCCGGCCUCGAGCUCCUGGAUCCCCGCACCGAAACCUGGGCCCCCGUCCCUGUCAUUCCGCCCGGCACAGAGACCGACGCACAGCCGCCCAUUCUCGUCAACAUUGGCGAUCUGCUGUCAUACUGGACUAAUGGGCUCCUCCGCAGCACCGUCCACCGCGUAGCCUUCACCUCCACCUCCACAAACGGGGAAUCCGUAACCGACCCCCGGUACUCCAUCGCCUACUUCUGCCACCCAGCCGACGACACGCCCCUCGGCGCCGUCCCCAGUUCGCGCGUCGCCACAUUCCAACCUGAUCGCGCAAACGGCAACAGCAACCCGUACGCCGAGCGCAAGGUCCUGACCGCGAAGGAGCACCUGCAGAUGCGGCUUAGGGCGACGUACCUGGAGAUGUACGAGGGCGAUAAGAAGAACUGAUGUACAUUAAAAUUGGAUAAAAUUUAUGAUCUCUACCUAUUGUACAUACAUAACCAGCUCUUCAAUGGCAUUUCUAACAAA